AUGACGAUGGAGUUUGCGCCUGCCAGUGCACCGUCAGGUCCAAGUAAGCGUCCAUACCCGGAGAAGGACAGUGGGAAUGGCCAGGCUUCAGGUCUCAAUCUCUUCCGCUUUGGCAGCUCAAGUGACUUCUUCGCCCCCAUGAAGUACAACGAGGAAGAGCUGACGGCAGCCUCGUCCCCCACUGGAAGUGACAAUAAUCGCAAUGAUGAUGCGCCACCCAGGGUCUCUACUACCGGUACCAAGGACGCGCUGCCCCCUCGUGCUCUGUCUACGUCGAAUCAAGAGUCUCACGAUCGAGAUGAUACCACCAAUGGCUCUGAGAAGACCGUGAAGGUCUCAGGCGAGAGUCCCAUCGAGAUCAAGGUCCGCAAGGCCCGUCCGUCCAUGGAAAUGCUGCCGUCCCGCAACAGUCGACGCAAAAACAGCAUCGAGAUGUUCCUGUCGCAGUCUCCAAGUCAAGCGCUGGGCGGAGAUUUCCUUAAACUCAGUCUCGACGACCGUCAGAUGGCUACCAACGCUGGGAACGGCGUAUCUGCUGGUGGAAAUACUGCUGGGAACGUCAAUUCCUACGCUUCGGGUCAAUUCCAGCUUAAUGCAGUACAGGAAUCCCCCAACGAGUAUGGCCUCGCUGGUCGGUAUCGUCAGCAGCCGCAAGCUGCUCAGCAGGAACGAUUCCGUGGCGGCCGGGAGGCUCAGCAACCGCAUUUGCCGACGUCGCUGUCGCUAUCGCGCUCCAGCACCGUGCCAGGGACCAGUAGUGCGGCCAAUGCUGCGUACAAUGGAGCGUACACGUUGAGUCCGCGUAUGUCGUCGGAAGACUCGUGGUCUGGUAGCCAAGAUGGAGACAACAAUGCGCUGUACCAAGAGCAGAUGCAAGAGUACUACGGCAACAAUCAAAUGGCGUACGCGAUGGAGCAACAACAGUAUCGGCAGCAACAGUACAGGUCGCCACAGACUGCGAACGGGUCGUACGGCUAUGGGAAUCAACCGUCUCGAGCUCAAAUGGCCUCUGGGCAAUGGAAUCCGAUGGUUGUGGGCCCACAUCCGCCUGCUGGAAUCAAGUGUAAGUUUGUGCACCAGGGAGGCGCUCCGACUCCGGAACACAUGGGCCACAGCUCUAGUCGCCAUAAUUCCUCGAUGAUGUACCAGCAGAGGAUGAUGAUGUCGCCUCCUCCGUCUCAAAUGAUGCAGCAGCGUCAUCACGGAGACGAGCUUGGCCACGGAUCGUUUGGAGGACGUCAGUCUCGGAUGAACUACCGCUCGGAGAACAGUGGCAAUAACGGCAUGAGUCUGGGCUUGAUGAACAACGGCAGCAUGAGUGCGCCGAUGAUGGGUGGAUCUGCUUCUGACCCGUCGAGUUUGAGCGCUGCGCUGAGUGUGGACGACAUUCAGAACCGCGUGUUCGCGAUGUCGAAGGACCAGAACGGCUGUCGCUUGCUGCAGGAGCAACUGGACUACGAAGACCGAGGCGAUUUGUGCGACGUGAUCUACCAGGAAUCGCUCGAGCACUUGGCCGAGAUGAUGGUGGACCCUUUUGGGAACUAUCUGUUCCAGAAGCUGCUGGAGCGUGUGAAGGAGAAGCAGCGACUUGUGAUUAUCCGCCGUGUGAGCUCGAAUCUGGUGGCUGCGGCGCUCAACUUGCACGGCACGAGGUCGGUGCAGAAGGUGGUGGAAGUGUGCGCGACGUCUUCGAGUGUUAUUGAGGAGGACUUUGACGAGGAAGAAGAGGGAGAGGAGUAUGGCUACGAGGAGCGUCCGGAGGGAGGCAAAGGACGCCGCACGACGAGUCUACCGGAUCUGAUUGUGGAGGCGCUCAAGGACGACGCGGUGCGUCUGUGUAUCGACUCGAACGGGAACCACGUGAUCCAGCGCGCGCUGCAGUUUAUGAAGCCCGAGUACAACCAGUUUGUGUUUGAUGCGGUGUGCAAGGAGUGCACGACUGUGGGCACGCACCGCCACGGCUGCUGCGUGCUGCAGCGCUGCCUGGACGCGGCCAACAAGACGCAGAAGGCGGAGGUGAUUGCGCAAGUGGAGCGCCAGGCGAUGAAGCUGAUGCAGGACCCGUACGGCAACUACGUGGUGCAGUACGUGUUGGACUCGUGCACGGCGGAGGAGGCCUUCGGUGUCAUUAUGAAGCCGCUGGGCCACAUCUACGAGCUGUCGGUGCAGAAGUUCAGCUCGAAUGUGAUCGAAAAGUGCCUCGAGAAGGCCCCCGAGCGGGUGCGUCAAAAGUACAUUGCGGAGAUCACGAGCUGCCCCAAGAUGAACAAGAUGCUGCAGGAUCAGUUCGCCAACUACGUGGUGCAGCGAGCGCUGUGCGUGUGUGCGGAGGAGCAGUGUCUGCUGCUGGUCAAGGCCAUCCGUCCCCACCUCGCAGCCAUGAAGAACACGUCUGGAGGGCGUCGCAUCACUGCGCGGAUCCUCAAGCGCUUCCCGAACAUGGACAUCAGUAUGGACAUGGGCCUGUCGCCGACGGCCGACAACUUGUUCGACAAUGGCAACGCGAUGAUGAUGAGCCACUUGCCGACGUCUGCAAUGGGCGGCAACUACAUGCCUCCGCAGCAUCUGCAGCCCAAUCCCAUGUACGGAAUGCAGGGCAGCCACGUGGGCUUUCAAGGAGGAAGUCGUGGCACUCGCAUGCCGCCGAUGCACGGCAAUGACGGCAGUAUGAUGAUGCUGAAUGACGUGGGUGGCAUGGGCAUGAAUGCCACGAGUCGUGCGUAG